UUCUGGGAUUGAGAGGGAUAGCAAAUCAGCCGUGGCCGAAUGGUCUGAUUCUGGAAUGGAUUGGGAUUUUCUUUGCGGGUGAUAUAAUGAGGACGAGAGGAGCCCCCCUCCCCCCGUAGUUACUAAAAAAGGGAAUCCAGCCUUAAGGCCAUGAGCAGGACGACUCGGCUUUAAGGGGGCUGCACUUCAAAGCGCUCCCGAUGGCGAGAAAGCGGAACGAAACUGUGAGUGGGCUGGACUCGUCACUGGGAGGCGGGCAGUCCAGUGACAGCUCGGGUGGGAGUGUAGCUUCGGGCUGCCCAGAACAGUUGAGCUCAGCUCGCAUAUUGUGUGGCUGCGGAGACCCUCUGCACGGCUGGAAGGGGGAGCUUUAGCAGGGGCCAGUCUGCGGGAUUCGCACCGAGAGUGCAUGCGGGUCAGCGAGGCAACCAUGGAGGCGGCGACGGCGAAGGCGAACGCAGCCCCAGACACAGUGGACAUUGUGACAGCUCAUCACCAUGGCAAUGGUUCAGGCAAUGCCCAUAGCUUCUGAGCAUCAGGGUCCAGAGAGUGGGACGAGCCUGCAAACUUCUGCAUCAUCGCCUGUCUUACCAGACACCAUGGGUAGUGUUGGCAGCCUUGUCUCGGGACGGAACUACCAUGACAAACACUGUAAGGCCACAGAAUACAGCAGUAAGUGUCGGAAAGCCAACCAGAUCCAGAACAUCUUCAGGCAGCAAGAUGGGCACCUAAAAAAUGGCUACUCUCAGGACUGCAUUGGUGGAAUGGUGACCAAGAAACAGAGCGGGAACUAUACCCAGCUAAAGGAUGACCGGCACAACGGAGGCUGGACUAUGAUGGAAUCACCCAGCAGUCCUUGCAGUGAUCCCGAGGAUGUGCAGGAGGGAAAGUCGGUCAAUGGAAACAUUCGGGGUCCUCCACCAAAGAUAAUACCGGUGUCAGGCAAACUUGAGAAGAACAUUGAGAAGAACUUGAUCAGGCCGACAGCGUUCAAGCCGGUCAUGCCCAAGAACAGGAGCUCUGUCCAGUACUUCGUUCCCCGAACCAUCAAUGGAUUGUCAGACAGCCAAGGGAGCCUGAACAUUGUCUUCAAUGGUAACUCCCUGGGGUCCAUCAGCUGUGCCGAGAAGCACAACUCACUGCAGAGCUGCGGUUGUUCCCGGAGCAGCGCGCAGUCGGGAACACUGUCGGACUCUGGCCGGAACUCCCUGUCCAGCCUGCCCACCUACAGCACGGGCGGAAGCCAGCAGCUGGAAGCAGUGAGCUGCUCCACGGGCCACAUCAACCUCGAGGGGCCGGGGGGACAGCAGAGCCUGAACGGGAGGGGCGCCGCCUCGCUGAAUGGACUUUCCAACUCGGACAGUGGCCGCUCGUCCUCCAGCAAGAGCUCGGCCUCGCUGAGCGGCCGCUGUCCCCUGCUGUCAGACGGCGAGCAGGAGCUGGGGGUCCGCGAGCUCGAGGAGAGAUUGCGGGAGAGGGAGGCUGAGCUGCGGCAGCUGCGGGAGAGCUUGGAGGAGAACGAGGCGGCCCUGUGCCAGAUCUACGAGGAGAAGCAGCGGCGCUACGAGCAGGAGGCGGAGGAGCUGCGUCAGAGCUGCGCCAGCAGGCUGCGGCAGAGCGCCCAGCGGGCCCAGCGGGUGCAGCAGGUGCUGCAGCUCCAGGUGUGCCAGCUCCAGCAGGAGAAGAAGCAGCUGCAGGAGGACUUUGCCCAGCUGCUUCAGGAGCGCGAGCUCCUUGAGAAGAAGUGUGCUUCCAUCGAGAAGGAGCAGACUGAGCUGGGCCCACGGCUGGAGGAGACCAAGUGGGAGGUUUGCCAGAAGUCUGGGGAGAUUUCCUUACUGAAGCAACAGCUUAAAGACUCCCAGGCUGAUCUAGCCAUGAAGAGUAAUGAAAUUCUUUCCCUGAAAGCGCAGCUCCGUGAGGUCCGUGCCGAGCUGCAGGACCACGAGGACGAGAUUCACGAGUUCCGCGAUUCGGUCCACACGAAGACCCUGGAGCUGGAGGUGUGCGAGAACGAGCUUCAGCGUAAGAAGAACGAGGCCGAGCUUCUGAGGGAGAAGGUUGGCAAGCUGGAGCAGGAGACGACUGGCCUGAGGGAAGCCCUGGGCAAUACAAGGCAUGCGAUUGGCCCGUACUCUGAGCGGGAGGACACUUUCCUGAUGUAUGAGAGUGACGAGGCCAAGGUCCAACGACAAAACUCAGACAGCCAGCAGAGCCUCAGACAGCAAAUGGAAAAGCUGAGGGCUGAGCUCAUGUACGAGAGGAGGAGGAGCGAGACUCAGCUGCAGAACUUUGAGGUGGAGAGACGCACGUGGCAGGCGGAGAAGGAGAAGGUGAUUAGAUACCAGAAACAGCUCCAACACAACUACAUCCAGAUGUACCGGAGGAACCAGGAUCUGGAACGAGAAAUGAGGCAACUCAGUCUGGAACUGGAAGCCAGGGAAUUAGAUGAGCUCGAGGUGCGAAAUGAAGACAUUCGAUUUGAGGAGAUCGCGGCAACAGAAAUCUAAAGUAAUGAUUUUAAUAAAGGACAAGCCACCUACCUUUGCCAAAUCUUUGUGUUAGAUAAAUAUAAUGCAGACAGGAUGGACAAUCAUAACUCUCUAACUGUUUUAGUUUAUUUCUAUUAUUUGUAAUAAAGGGACUUAUGACUGUUUUGACAUAAUCUUCCUCGGGGCCACAGUCAGACAUGUCGCUUUCUUGGAGGUACUCUGUUCUUUCCAAUCUCUUGCAGUGUGAAUAUAGGGGGAUAAAAUGAAAUAAAAUGGUGAAUUCAACCACGCUGGUGAGCAAACACCCAGUAAAUAUUUGCAGUAUAAUACGUAAAACCAACAGAACACAGUGGAAUGAUAGAUGGUUCAUUAUACACUAAAACUGCCUUUGAGCUUUACUAUGAAUGAUUGACCAGUACCGUUGCUACACAUUUACUAUGAAAGGUUAAAGUAAGUUUGGCCAGUUUGCUCUGCGGGUGAAGAUAACUGUGACCAAAAGCUGUUAUCGGGAAAAGAAACUUGUCUGAGAAGCACUUCUAACUAAAAACUACAAACUUAGAAACUUGAAAAUGUAUUUUAUUUUGGGAAGUGCUCCUGUAAAACAAUUCUGAGCACCUUUUAUAAAACGGCAUGAAAUGAUGAAGGUGAUUUCCUUUUACUAUUUUGGAUAGAAGGAAACUGGAUUUUUCAGCCAGAUUUAUAUUUUAAUAUACCAAAUCCUCUGUCCUUGCUGUUUGUAUCUGGGCUCUUAUUUCUGUCAGGAUUCCUUUGCUUACAACCUGUUCGUGUUACAGCUGUGGACGAUAAUGGACAAUCCAAAAGUGAAUAUUAUGCAAAGUCAGGUUUCAAAAACCAGUAUCCUCACUUUCCACAAGGAUUAAGCCAAACUGGUUUGGGCAUUUGGGGUGGGAACCCAUCAUCACAGUGACCUUGAGUCUAUGUUAAAGAGUGGAAUAGGAUUGGGGAAGGCGAUUUGGAAUGACAAGUUUAUUGUCACUGACUGACAUAAGUUUGGUAGCAGUAUAACAAUUUUCUAUAAGAUACAAUAAAAAUAAAUACUGUAAGAGAGGAAUUAUCGGGCAGUGUUCGUGGAUUCAUGGACCGUUCAAAGCCUGAUGAUGGAGGGGAAGAAACUUUCUAAAACACAGAGUUUGGGUCUUCAGGCUCCUGUACCUGUAAUGAGAAGAGGGAAUGUCCAGGAUGUUGAGGCUCCCUAAUGAUAAAUGCUCCCUUCUUGAGUCACCACCUUUGAAGAUGGUCUUGAUGGUGGGAGGAUUUGCCCAAGGUGGAGGUGGCUGAGUCUACAGCACUCUGCCCUCUUGCAAUCCUAUGCAUUGGUGCCUGCAUAUCAGUGAUGGAUCCAGUCAGAACUUUCUCCACGGUACACCUGUGGAAAUGUGCCAGUCUUUUGAGACAUACCAAAUCUCCUCAAAUUCCGAAUGAAGCCGAGGUGCUGGCAUGCCUUUGUUGUGAUUGCAUCAAUGUGGUAGGCCCAAUAUAGAUGCUUUGAGAUGUUGACACCAGGAGUAUAGAACUGCUCACCCUUUCAACAGCUGACCCCUCAGUGUGUUCCCCUGACUUCCCUCCAUCUUUUCACCCCUGUGCACUUCACGUCAGGAAAAGAUUGUGUUCAGCAGGAAGUUCCACCCACCCCAAUUUUCACUCCUGUAACCUCCCUGUCCACCUCUUGCCCCAACCAGGUGUGCUACAUUUUUGCAUAAUACUGGGAUGUAGCGUUGCUCGGUGGCUGAAGGAAAGUGACUUUGCAAAAUUCUGUCUUUCUCAAGCUACUGAAGAGACAGAAACUGCUCCACUAUUCCUUCUGUUGCUGAAGCCUGAGCCCAAUUUGCAGGCCGUUGCUUCAAUCACUGCCCCCAAUUGUGCAUCUCCCUGUGUGCUGCCAGCUCCAUUGUAUUCCAGCUGAUUGGCCCAUGGGGGCCCAGCGGAAGGUAAAAACGGUGCAGGCUGCCAGUCUGGGGCAGAGCUCAGGUCCUUCAUGGUGUGGCCCAUUGGCUUUCCUUAUCGGUGCAGAGAAAUCAAAGGGUGAACCAGAUUGUCUCAUGGAUUUAAAUAAAAGCUUUUGAAAUGU